UGGAAUUGCCCAUUUAGGGGAAUUUCUUCUUUGGAAUCUCUGUCAUUAUGAAAUAGAACAUGUUGUUCUCAGUGCAGUGAAAAUAGUACACCUUGUUCAUGAUACUUUUUUAAGGAGAUAGGGAAAAUAAUCUGGUUGAAAAUUAAUUUCUGAAUGCUUCAAUUUUCUAAUUUAGGAAAACAUUCUCUUAAUCAUUUAACUCAAGAUUUUUAAAAAUUAUCAUUUCUAACCUGAAAAAAUUAUUAUUCUUCAGCUAAUACUCACAGGUUUAAAACAUGGCCUUUGAGGAACUUCUACAACAUGUAGGCGACAAUGGGAAGUUUCAGGUUUUGACAAUUAUCUUUUUCAUGCUUUCAAGUAUCCUGACAAGUCCUCAUGAUUACAUUGAGAACUUUACAGCAGCCAUACCCGCUCACCACUGCCAUAUCCACCUCCUUGGCAAUCCCAGAUUUGAAGCUAAUGUCACCAUAAACCUGACAGCUGAAGCCCUUCUGAGGGUCUCCGUCCCUGUGGGCCCAAACCAGAAGCCUGAGCAAUGUCAUCGCUUUCGCCAGACCCAGUGGCAACUCUUAGAUCCCAAUGUGUCAGCUGUCAAUUAUACUGAUCCUGAGACAGAGCCAUGCCUGGAUGGGUGGAUAUAUGACCAAAGUGUUUUCACCUCUACCAUCGUUACGGAGUGGGACUUGGUGUGUGAUUAUAAGUCAUUCAAAUACUUUGCACAAGCCAUCGCCCUGUCAGGGCACUUGGUGGGCUCUGCUCUAUGUGGCCUCAUUUCUGACAGAUUUGGACGGAAGCCAGUGAUGGUCUCUUGUUGCCUGGCCUAUGGAAUCCUGAGCACCUGCUGUGCCUUCGCUCCGGUCUUCACCAUUUACUGUAUUCUGAGAUUCGUGUCAUCUGUCUGCCUGAGUGCAAUUCUCAACAGCACUUGCGUAUUUCUUUUUGAAGGAAACUCAUCAAAAUGGCAACUAGUGGCUACCAUGCUUUUCUCCUUAUCUGGGAGUAUUGGCCAGGCAUCAUUUGCAGGCGUGGCUUACCUUUUCCGGGAUUGGCACAUGCUCCAGUUGGUCACUGCCUUGCCCUAUCUCAUUCUUUCUCUCUUUUCCUGUGGGAUCUCAGAGUCAGUCCGAUGGCUCAUGGCAACCGGAAAAACAGAACAAGCAUUAAAAGAGCUCCAGAGAAUUGCUCGUAUUAAUGGAAAGAAAGAGGUGGCAGAAAGUCUGACUUCUGAGAUUUUGAUAUCCAAAAUGAAGGAAGAAUUGAAUACCAAGAGAGAAUCUUUCAGAAUAAAAGAGAUCAUGUGCAAACCUGCAGUAUUCAAGACAGUGCUUUUUUUGUCCGUUUUAGGGUUUUCAGUAACAUUCAGCUUCUAUGGUCUCCUGCUGGAUAUUGAGAAUUUGGGGAAAAACAUAUUCCUGACCCAGUUUCUACUAGGAAUAACAGACUUUCCCAGCAAAUGUCUUUCCUAUUUUAUAUUAAAGUAUAUCAACCGUCGCCCUUCAAGCGGCUUUUCAUUAAUUAUUAUUGGAGUUUCUAUUCUGAUCCCUAUAUUUGUGCCUAAAGAGAUGUAUGUUCUGCGCCUCACUGUUUACCUCUUGGGAAGAUCAUCUGUUUCUGUCCUAACAUCCAUACUUAUAAUCUUUUCCAACGAACUCUCAGCCACAGUACUGAGGUCAAGGAUACAGGGCGUUCUCUUUUUCACCUCCAGAACAGCAGCAACAUUGUCUGCUUUAGUACUUUCAACGAGGCUGUAUUUUGUCCACCUUCCGGCCAUCCUCUUUGGGACCUUUCCCUUAGUAGCAUCAGUAUUUGCCUACUUUCUGCCAGAGUCCUUUAAUCUUCCACCUAUUGAAACCCUCAAGGACAUGGAGAAAAGGUACGAGUUAAGAAACAAGAGCCCCCGAAAAAAACAAAGAAAAGACCUCUUGGCAACCACUGAGUGCUGAAGAGACCAAGCAUAUACACAGAGCAGAAGAGAUUCACAUAUUUUCACAUAAUCCUAAGCAACAUUGUGAUUGUUUUCUUUCUUUCUGUAACUGUGGCCUUUGAUGGACAUACAUUAACACAGUUAUUAAUUAAUGGAGUCACAAAAAUAACCCUUCAGUGAACAACCCAUAAUAUAGAUUUGAAGUUUAAGGCAUUACUGAAUGUUGAUGAUCAGGUUCCUCACAUUAAAAAUGGAAAAUAAAUUGGUACAAUAGAAAGUUUUUCUUAGAAUUAAAUGGAAAGGGAUCUGCUUAAAAUUGAACAUUGAAGACAAACUGUCUAAGAAAACU